UUCGCUUCCCCGGAUGUAAUAAGUACAGUACGAAGGUCAGAACAGCACAGUGAGUUAUCUAAACGUGACAUCCAAACAACAGAUUUAAUCGAGUCUCUGGGCUUUUGUGGAAGUAAUAACAAACGCAAACAUGCCGAGAGGAAGCCGAAGCAGAACCUCGAGGAUGAGUUCUCCAAGUUUCUCCUCACCUCCACCUAUGGCUAGGGCAGCACCUCCACGAUCAUAUGCCCCAGCAACUGCCCCGGCUCCACCAUCGGCAGUGGCCGCCGCUGCUCCCCGGCAGCCGGGUAUGUUCGCCCAGAUGGCGACGACUGCAGCAGGCGUUGCAGUGGGCUCUGCAGUCGGGCACACGAUAGGUCAUGCCAUGACCGGUGGCUUCGGUGGAGGAGGACAAUCUGAGGCUGCUAGGCCCGAUGUGACUUAUCAGGAGCCCCAACAGGGUCAGCCCAUGUACCAACAGCCUCAGCCAAUGUACCAACAGCAGCCCAUGUACCAGCAGGACACACUACAGCAAAGUUCCUGUUCAUACGAGCUGAAGCAGUUCAUUGAGUGUGCUCAGACCCAGAGCGACCUUAAACUAUGUGAGGGAUUCAGCGAAGUACUGAAACAAUGCAAAUUCGCCAAUGGACUGUCAUGAGAUUUAGAUGGAAACACGGACACGGCUCUUCCUUCUUUAUUCUCCACCUGAUUGCAUUUAGAAAAAUAAUUGAGAAUGGCACAGAAGAGUGAUGUUAAUAAAUAUCAGAAAUGCAAAAUGUAAAAGUAGUGUUUUUGGAGAAAUGCUGCGUAACAUAUCUGAUGCUUAGUAGUAAUGUGUUAUUUUUGACAGCUGCUGCUUUUUGUUUGUUUUGCUUCAAUACAAGAGAUGUGUUUUUCUCAUAAACAAUAAUGUUUUGUUGUAAUAAUGUGAUCUUGAAUUGCAAAUAAAAUGAUUAAACACUGAAA